CUCAAACAAAAUAAGAAACUAUCCACUUUUCUUUUCCAGAUCUGAAAGCUAUCUUGCCUCUAGUUCUUCAUUUUUCAUGACAGCUAAUUAAAGAACUUCCAACACACAAAGAUGGGGAACUUGAGAACACUUUGCAUGACUGGUACCAUCUCCCCCUAAUGCUCCACCUCCUCCAGCUCCUUGUCAUGACUACCAUCAGAGGCCUCAUUGUUUGGGGGGGAAUCACCGUCCCCACCCCAAACCCAAGCGGUCGAUCUUCCACCACAACAAUGGCUGCUCCACCGUCUCCGCCUUCCACAGGGCGUCCGAGGCCGUCCUCAGAGCCGUCAAGCCUCUUCCUUUCCACUCCUCCUCAUACACUACCGUAUCGACAUUCGGAUUGCGUAAGAAAUCGCUUUGUAUCCCGUGGAGCCUCUCCCGAUGACUCAAUGGGAAGAGGUUCUUCUGGCAAAAGGUCAAAGCUGGAGUCCUCCACAACCGGGAAGAAAAUCACCAGUUGGAAUGAAGUAUCAUGAGCAAAGUGAAAAGGAAGAAGAAGAAGAGGCGCCACAAGAAGUCAUCAAUUCCAUCAGAUGCUCCUCGUCCUAGCACCUAUCAAACUUUCCUCUCGUCCCAAUCCAGCCCAUUUCGCUCUGACCCGCCACAAGAACUCAUCAAGUUCUGGGAGCUAAUGUCCCGCCUCGACCCUAUCGACAGACGACAGCUUCCGCCUCUCUCCUAUUCCUCCAUCUCGAAUGGACCCGAUUGAUGAAAUCACCCCUUUCUCCAACCCGAAGCCGCCACCGCCACAAUAGAGGAGCUCUGCCCUCCCAUCCAGGAAAACAGAGGGAAAAUGAUGCUCGACCUUUGCCGCAUUCAGAUCUGGGUCUCAGCCGGAGAAAAAUGAAGGAAAAGGCAGUAGUUCCUUUUGGUCUGUGGCGCCGCCGCCGCCCGCGAUUAUUGCGACGACCGGGUGAGGUAUCACUUGGGCUGGUUGUUAAACGAAUGGCAAGAAAAAUGAAAGAACUAGAGAGAAUAGUUUUCAGAUCUGGAAAAGAAAUUGGAUAGAUCCUUGUUUUGUUUGAGUAGGUCGGUUUAUGGGUCGGGUUGGUUCGUAGCUUAGGUUGGGUUGGGUAAGAUGACAUGGCAAGUUUUAAUGACGUGGUGGGUCAGGUUUCAUUAAUUUUGGUUUAAAUGGGGCUGAUUAGACGAUUUCGUCUGCCACAUAAGCACAUAACGGUCUAAAUUAACGGAGACUGGUGGAGACUAACGGAGAGUGACCAAACUUGGACUGUUUUACUAAAAUUAGUGACCACAAAUGGAAUUAAAUAUUUUUAGUGACUAAAUAUGAACGUUUUUAGUAAUCUCAGUGACCAACCUUGCAAUUAACCCUUUAUAAAACUAUGGAUAUAUGAUGAAAUUGUUCCAUUUGGUUUUUGGUCAAAACCAUUAUUUGUUUGUUGGAUUUCAUGAUGGAUUUGAUAUAAUUAUAUUUGUGAUUAUAUUAGAAAUUUACCUAAGUACCCUUAUUGACCAUAACUUACUUUUACAAAGUUUUGCUAUAAAGUAUCAACCAAUUUCCAUCCCAUAGCUCCGUCACACUACCAUACAAGAAUAAAUGAACAUUAUAAUUGUUGGGCCCAUAGUUGAGCGGUAUUAGAUCCUAAGCCCAAAAAGGAAUAGACAGGCCAGGCCCAGGGGAGGCCCAAGAAGAGAGCCUCCAUGAGGAAUCGUGCUACGCGGUCGUCCUAGGGACAAGACAGGUAUAGGCCGCCUGACAUAAGGCACAAGUCGUGAUAGGAGGAGGUGAUCUUUCUCGGAUACGGACCUCGAAAUCAGCAGGACUGAGCAUUAAUUACCCGCCAUAGACGGUCCAGGUAAAGUAGUGCGUUGCUAGGACGCCUGACAGAGCAUUUAAUGCUCUAAAUUUCACAUAGUUGGGCAUAAAUACCCUCGUAUAUGCAUUGAUGGUAACUCAACUACUUCCUCUAUCUCUAAUACAAACAUAUAUUCUUACUUCUCCCUCUAACUUAAGCAUUGGAGAGUGUCCUGGGAAACCACCCACAGAUCCUUGUUUUGUAGUGGUUAGGAGUACACCCAGCAUAAAGAACAGACGCCUCACUCUCUCCUCAAACCGCCUAGAACAUUCUAGUCUCAAACAAUAAUCAACAAUGAAAUUCCUUAAUCACCAACAACUUCACAUUGUUACACGUCAUUAUACGAUUUCAUAUGGUUUUCAAUGUUGUAGAGUAUCUUUUGAAUUCAUCGUGAAGUGUUAUUUCCAACCGCUUUCGUGUAAUGAAUGAUAAUGAAGAUUGAAUACAAAAUUAGUAGGCACAACAAGUUGGUCAUUAGUAAAUGAAAUAAGACAAGUUGGUCAUUAGUAAAAUAAGUGGGGAUAAAAUGAUGUCAUCAUGGACUUUGUACCCAAACACAAAUUCCACCUCUUGAGGUGGAAUUUUCAAUUCCGUGGGGUCCACGGAUUUGGUCCCUCAAAGUUCGCGGACCCCACGGAUUUUCCCCUCCUAAAUCCAUCAAUCAAACAAUGGAUUGUCUCCAAAGUCCAUAAUGGUUGGGUUUUAUGCACCAAAUCUAUCAUGAAAUCACGAAGCAGGUUGUUGGUAAAAACAACUUGUUUCUCGACGAGUACUCAGGGUUUUUAAUGAGCCAAACUAUUCGCGCUCGGACUCCAACUCGAUAAAAGCUCGUUCGAUUAAAAAAAAUCUCGACUCGUUUAUAAGUGAGCUGAGUUUAAGCUCAGCCUUGAUCGGCUCAUAAGGCUCGUGAAUUAGAUCAAUUAGGUGGCUUGUUGAGUUCGACUCAUGAAUUGUCUCAUUUUGAGCUCAUGAAAUGUCUCAACAUUGUGCUAGAGAGCCAACUUGGUUAUGACUUACGAGAAAAUUUAUCUAUCUUAUGAGUUGGUUUGUUAAUGAUGCAUAGAUUUAUUAACUUGUAUAUCUCACCUCAUGAGAUAUUUAGAAUUAAGUAUAUAUGUGAGCAAAUAUGUCUCAUAUAUGUCAUGAAUAUCAAUAUAAAUAGUAGGGUAUUUAAUUUAUAAACGGAAAAAUACACUUGUAUAACCAUAACUUUAACACUUUUGACAAAUAUAACCACUUUUUGAAAAAUACACAAAUAUAGCCACUUUUUGAAAACUAGUUUGACAAAUUUGGCCAUUUUUGUUAAAAACUUUAACUCCGUCAGUGACUUUGUCAAUAACGUAAACGUUAUGCUGAGGUGGAUGCCACAUCAGCUCUAAUAUGACACACCCAUGCAACCUGGACGCCACAUCAGAUUUUAAUUAAAUAAAAACAUUAAUUUAUUUUAAUAAAAAAUUCAUAAAUGAUUUACCCCUACCACCGCCUGCAGCAAAAAAAUCCCCCUUUCCUGAAGAAACCCUAAUUUCAUAGAGCUUUACAAGCCUUUUCCUCCAACUACUACCGGGACAACUAAUCUUUCCUCAUGUUCAAGCAUAUCGACCGAACCCAUUUCCUUUCUUUAUCACCCUAAUUCAUCCCAAUACAAAAGAAGGAAGAGAAGAAAGAAAUACAGAGUUCCUCGGAGACCAUUGCGGAAUCAAGCUUUAUUUACGCUUACUUUCUUCGCUUGCCUUUUAAGAUGCUAACCUCCCAUAUUGUCCCUCGUUAGAGGCUAGAGCGAGUGAAGUAUGCCGAUUCAAUCUUCAAUUACCAAAGCAGGAUCUAUGGUUCGCUUGCUCCUGCGGGAAUAUUCUUUGUUGUGCGAAGUUGCUCGCAUUUGAAUUAGAAAAAGAAGGAGAGGGGGAGAGUUCGCAUAUAGAAACUGAGAGGGAGAAGGUUUAGAAUAUGUUCGACCGUAGGGAGAAGGGCGAAGGGAAAGGAAAGGUUCCCCUUCUUUUUUCUUCUCUUAUGAAAUUUCGAGUUAGAGAGAGGCCCCUCUAAGUAUCAAUUGAGUAGAGCAUGUUUCUCGACGACUAUAUCAUUGGGUAAUAGUCAUUACUCAUUGUAGAGAGGGACAAGCCUAUAAGAGGUGUAUGAUUUUUCAUAGGGUUGGGGCUUUCGCUCUAGUGGCAUGUUUCUCUUUUAAUUAAGUAGCCCCUUAUUCACCUCGUACACUGAGUCAAGCAACUUCUCCUUUUCUAUCAUGAGCAUUUGUUUGGAAAGUGCUUUUCUGCUUGUUUGAAGGAGCAGAAAACUACAAAAGGGGUAGCACAUAAACCAAGCUAUGAUUUUUUCUCAAUCGCAUAGAAGGACAUGAGACAAAGAGAAGGGUCUAUCUAUUUUAUUUAGUUAUUCAGCUAAACCAAUGCCAAUGAUUCGUUAUUGGAGCAAAUAGCAACUCAGAAGCACUGGAUUCUCUUUCGGAUAGGCCCUGGAAGGAGAAGUAAGGUUGUAAGAGAUUUUAAGCGAGAGGAGGUACUGAACCGGAGCCACAUCGAGGUUCCGCGUGUAGCUUGUAGACAGAAAGCAGAAAGAGAGCCCGAGGUGCUGACCCGCAGCGAGGCAGGCCAUCUAUCCCGAUCGGGAUGAUAAGGACUUGUCCUUACUUGAAUUAAGACUUGAAUGAAGAAGAAACCCGGAGGAUAAACAGUUGACGGCCUUGUGGGAUUUGAGAAGGAGUACCCAAGUGACAGUCCCUUGUGGCCUUGUUGGCAUUUUUGUUGUGAGAUUUGUCUCGUAGUCGGGUGGAAGUCCCUCAUAUCUAAGGUGGAGCUGAAGACAGUGGCGAGGGGUCUGGCGGUGGAAUUGGUAGCAACGAAAUCUUGAUCUGGCGGCGGUGAGGGGUAUCGGAGAGGGCGACAGAGGCAAUUGAACUAUAUCAUUUUCUAAACUAUUUUUCUCUGGUUUAUUAUCAGUCAAAAUCUGCAAAACUGCAUACUCUUAAACUAGCACAAAGCCCGGCCUAUUGGCCGGGGAGGUGUAUGUGCCGUUCAAAUUCAUCAUGUGGGGUUUAUUUGUGUUUUUUGCCAUGAACUAUCUAGGUAAAUACUCAAACUAUACGCUACAAAUAUGUUUAGAACGUAAUGAAAACAUGAGAAAGACAAUAUGGCUGACAAAAGAAAUGCAACUUAUAAUGAGAUAUACAUUUACAAACAAAGUGUUGCCUAUAUACAAAGUCUAUAAACGACAACAUGUGAGUUACGUUGUUUCCUAUGUAUUUCCUAUGGCACAUACAUAAUCAAUCUUCACUAUAGAAGAAAAUGAGUGUCCUUUGAUGGAUUACAAUAUAUCCACAUAAUAUAUUUCUAAUUUAUCUUCUUUGUUGAUCACGACACAAACUGUGCAUUGAAAUUAUAUGAUAUGAGUGAGAGAUGACAUGUUGGAGAUAUGUCAAAAGUAAGUAACUGGAAAAUCAAUGCUUUCUAUUAUGUGUCCUAGCGAUAUAUUUUAAAUAUGAUGAGCAACAAUGUAGUGAGUCUCCUGCAGUUUUCACCAUCAUGUUAAACAUAAUUAUCAAAAAGAGCCAAUUCAAAUAUGAGAUACGUUCUUAAGUAAAGAUACAUUUAAGAU